AAAAUAUAUGUAAACAACCAUUUAAAUGUCAAGCAACACAGAGUUCAACAUUAAAUGACAAGGAAAAUACUUUUGGAGCUCAAAAGGUGAUUGAUGGCGACAUUCAUCAGGAUCAAUUCAGCUGUUCACAUACUGCUGAUAGGGAAAAAAGAGCAUGGGUUAAGUUGGACCUAGGACAGGAGUAUCAAAUAAAAAACAUUAUCAUUUAUUAUAGAGAUGAAGAACAAUGGAAACCACACAGAUUCAGACAAUUUAGCAUAGAAGUAUCCAAUGCUAGUUCAUGGGAUUGGCACCGAUGUUACAAAGACAAUACAACUCAUCCUCAGGACCCUUCAAGCAAACAGAACAUUUCAUGUGAAAACAGAGGCAGAUAUCUCAGAAUAUUUACGAUGUAUGACGCCCCUGAAGAUGAUAACUACCCGGAUUUCUUAACCGAGAGCGCUAUACUUGAAAUUUGUGAAAUUGAACCUUACGAAUGCGCUAAAGCUUCAGGAGACUGCACACACUGUAACACUGGUUAUUACGGGAACAAAUGUGAAAAACGAUGUCCGAACUGUUUGCACGAGGCCUGUGACAAAGUGUCUGGAAAUUGCACGACUGGGUGUAAAUCUGGCUAUUAUGGAAAGAAAUGCGAAAAACAGUGUGGAAAUUGUAGUGCAGGUCCAUGUAUAUGGUACAAUGGGAACUGUAAUGGUGACUGUUACAGAGGGUAUCAUGGAACAAAGUGUGACAUGAAAUGUAGUGCUAACUGUGUCAACGGAGAGUGCAGAAAAACAGAUGGGUACUGUAUUGGGUGUAAAGGCGACUUUUAUGGUUACUUUUGUAACAUUCCAUGUAGUCCAAACUGCAAACAAAUUGCCUGUUACCGCAAUAAUGGAACUUGUAUUGGUGGAUGCAAAGACAACUGGGAUGGAAAUGAAUGCAAUGGAUGUGAUGACACACAUUAUGGGACUAAUUGCCUCAAGGAGUGUAGUGUCCAUUGCAUUAGACAAAAAUGCGUCGGUGGCGUGUGUUCUUUUGGAUGUAAUGAAGGAUAUUUUGGAGAAAAUUGUAACAAAUCUUGUCACCUAUCGUGUCCAUCAGGUUGUCAUAAAGACGAUGGUAGUUGUGAGGGUGCCUGUGAAAUUGGUAAAUUUGGUAAAAUGUGUGAAAAAGAAUGUAAUUUAACAUGUAAAAAUGGAUGCAUGAAAGACAGUGGUUCGUGCAACAGUUGUUACGACGGAAAAUUUGGAGCUACUUGUCAGAGUGAUUGUGGUACUGGCUGCAUAUCUAAUUGUGAUCAAAAGUAUGGAAACUGUGCAUGCAAACGAGGAUGGCAAGGAAAUACUUGCGAUGAAUGUAGCCCAUAUUUUCAUGGUGAUUUUUGUGAAAAUGAAUGCAGCCCAUACUGUGAAAACGGAACCUGUUUCUCUAAUAAUGGUUCGUGUAUAGGUGGAUGCAAUGGUGAUUUUACAGACGAGCAAUGCAAACAAGCCUCACUACAAAGUAAGCAAUCUUCGUCCUUUGUUACAGCAUUAGGGGCUGGACUAGGAUCGGGUUUAUUUAUGCUGGUUGCAAUAAUCCUGGCAGGCAUUUUCCUUCUUAGAAAUAAAAGAAGAAAACAAUCUGAAUCCCAGACAACUUCAGUCCUCUUUCGAAAAGAAAAUGUUGCCUCCGCUGAAAAUAAGCUAUACACAAACAUAGCAAGUGUUUCCGUUCAAAUUGAGGAUCCCGAAGAAGAACCACAAAUAGAGAACCCUGAGGAGGCAGUGUAUUAUAAUGAUCUGUCAGUGGCUAAGGAUAUCGCUGUCUCAGACCUACUGAAUGUAAUCACACAAAAGAAGGCCAAGGAGAACGAGGGGUUCCAAAAGGAAUUCAAGUCGCUUCCUUAUGGAGAAAGAUUUGCCUGUGAAACCGCCAAAACGGAAGAGAACAUGCUAAGAAACAGAUUUAAAACCACAUUUCCAU